AAUAUCCCCGUACACAUAUUUUCUCAGUUCCGUUUGGUAAUCGAGAAAAUCGACAAGCAAAGCCAUGGCUCCGAAGCCCAAAGAGAAACAGAAACCCUCACCGGUGCCGGCGCAGCCUCCCCCUCCUAUCGAAGAUCUCUUCGAUUCUCUCAACAAGCACAUCCAGAGAUCCGAAUUCGAACAAGCCGUCAAAGUCGCAGAUCAAGUUCUCUCAAUUGCCCCCGGAGACGAGGACGCGAUUCGAUGUAAGGUCGUGGCUUUGAUUAAGGCCGAUAGCAUAGAUGAGGCGCUUUCCGCAAUUAAGGUCUAUCAGAAGCCUCCACUGGAUUUCGGCUUCUUCAAGGCAUACUGCUUAUACAGACAAAACAAGUUAGAUGAAUCUCUGGACUCUCUGAAAAAUCAAGAGAGAAAUUCCGCAGCAAUGUUGUUGGAAUGUCAGAUACUAUACCGCUCAGGAAAAAUGGAUGCUUGUAUGGAUAUCUAUCAGAAGCUUCAGAAGUCCAAGAUUGACUCUUUGGAGAUAAAUUAUGUGGCUGGCUUGGUUGCUGCAGGAAGGGCUUUAGAAGUACAAGGUGUGAUGGAGGCACUAAGGGUUAAAGCAACUAGCAGCUUCGAAUUGGCGUUCAACACUGCCUGUUCUUUGAUUGAGAGGAAUAAGUACACCGAUGCUGAACAACUCCUGCUGUCAGCCCGGAGAAUUGGUCAAGAAACCUUAAUGGAAGAGAACAUACCUGAUGAUGAGAUAGAAAUAGAACUGGCACCAAUUGCUGUUCAGCUGGCCUAUGUUAAGCAGCUCCUUGGGCAUACACAAGAGACCACUGCAGCUUACACAGACAUAAUAAAACGAGAUCUGGCUGAUGAAUCGUCACUUGCAGUGGCUGUGAACAAUCUCAUUUCAGUAAAAGGUCCAAAAGAUGUUUCAGAUGGUCUUAGGAAAUUUGAUAGGCUAAAAGAUAAAGAGAUACAAACAUUUCAGCUUGCCCGUGGUCUUGAUUUAAAACUCUCACCAAAUCAACGGGAAGCAAUAUAUUCAAAUCGGAUACUUUUACUCCUCCAUGCAAAUAAGAUGGAUCAGGCUCGAGAGCUUGUUGCUGCACUUCCAGAAAUGUUUCCUGAUUCUGUGAUGCCAGUACUACUUCAGGCUGCAGUUUUGGUCAGAGAAAAUAAAGCUGGGAAAGCUGAAGAAAUCUUAGGGCAGUUUGCUGAGAAGUUCCCUGAGAAGUCCAAGGUUGUUCUUUUAGCAAGGGCACAGGUAGCUGCUGCUGCCAGCCAUCCUCAAGUUGCUGCUGAGUCCUUGGCUAAGAUACCCAAUAUUCAGCACAUGCCUGCCACUGUUGCCACCCUUGUUUCUCUCAAAGAGCGUGCGGGAGACAUUGAUGGUGCGGCUGCUGUGUUUGAUGCUGCAAUCAAAUGGUGGUCAAAUUCCAUGACAGAGGACAACAAGCUUAGUGUAAUAAUGCAAGAGGCUGCUUCCUUCAUGCUCAGGCAUGGCCGAGAAAAGGAUGCUGCCCAACUAUUUGAGGAGCUUGUGAAAAGUCAUGGAAGUGUUGAAGCAUUGGUUGGACUGGUAACUACUGUUGCUCGUGUGGAUGUUAGCAAAGCAGAAGCUUAUGAACAGAAGCUGAAACCAUUACCGGGAGUGAAAGGGGUUGAUGUGGAUAGUUUGGAGAAAACGUCUGGGGCUAAACAUGUUGAGGGUGCUUCUCAUGAUAAGGUUGCUGAAGCACCCGAGGAGGGGAAGAGUAAAACAAAGGCAAAGAAAAAGAGAAAGAGAAAGCCAAAGUAUCCUAAAGGCUUUGACCCUGCAAAUCCAGGACCUCCUCCAGAUCCCGAAAGGUGGCUCCCUAAGAGAGAGAGGUCAAGUUACAGGCCCAAAAGAAAGGAUAAGAGAGCGGCUCAGGUGAGAGGCUCACAAGGCGCGGUAGUUAGAGAAAAACACGAAGCUGGUCCUGCUGGUGCCAGCUCCAGUGCUGCGAAUUCAAAAUCAAACCAAGCUACUACAUCAAAAGGAGCCUCGCAAAAUUCAUCCUCGGAACAAUCCAAGCCUCCUAGAUCAUCAAAAAAGAAGUCUAGGAACUAAUGGGGAGGGUUCCUUACUUUUCCCUCUCUUUUUUUUCUUUUAGCACACUUGGCAUUUUUGCAGAUUUUGCAUUAGUUAAUUACAUUUGUUGUUUUCUUUAGUUACUGGCUCGCAGAUUUUGUAGUUCAUCUUCGGCCUUGCUGUUCACUUGUAUUCGAACCAAUUAGAUCCAGCCGGUAUUUACUGUUGCUUUUGUCGUUUUUAUGGUAUUCAGUUUACAUUCUGCCAGGAAAAUUGGAACUUGGAAGUCUGGGAUGAUAAACAAUUGAUAUUGUUUGUUGAGGGAGCAGAAAAAAAGGCUUAAUUUAUGAUGUAGACUCUUUUCCCUCA